ACUGAACCAUUGCUCCCUGGGGGGGAGGGGAAAUUUCUGUCUUCCCGCCACUGAGAGGAUCUUUGACUGCAAAACAUUUAACAUUAAAGUAGAAAUCCGCCUGAAGUUGAAGAAAAGGACAAAAUGUCAGAUAUUUUACAGAAAGAGUGGAAAUCAGCUCUGACCUCCAUCCUGGAGGAGUUGGAUAAGCCACAGUACCUUAAGAUGCUGGAAUAUUUGACAAAAAUCCCCAAAAGUAAGAGGACAUCUGACCGCAGAGAGAAAAUGGCCCAAAAGAUCAUUGAGCACUACGGAGUCAGAGAAUCAAUCUCUGUGAUUAGUGACAUAAUGGAAGAGAUACCGAGGAGGGACGCUGAUGUCCAGGACCUACUGCGCCCCUUUGUGGACGAACUGAGGAACAACAACAAAGGGAACGAGGGGAUAAAGAGGAAGCUUGAUCCAGCGGAGGAUGAAAGCUCUGCAGCAGGGGAGAAGAAGAAGAAAAGUGAUCCAGCAGAGGAGGAUGAAAGUCCUGUAGCAGCUCAACAGAAGAGCGGCGCACCUGAGAAGGAGAGAAACAAUGGGCCUUGGAGAAAAUCCAUCCGUGACCUGAAAUCCAUCCAAGAACUUUGUGACACUGACGGCUUUUUUGGAAAAGUUGUUCAGAAAUCCGGUCUGCGGACAUAUUACACCAAAGAUAAGGAGAAAAAGUUCUUCUUCUAUCUGGGGGUCGCUGAUGAGACAGCCAGCAUUAAAGUGAUGGUCUAUGGAAAAGAGCGCAAUAAAGAAAUCAAGGAAGAGAAGUCCUACUUGUUCAGAAAGCUAAUUAAAGACGAGUAUGGGUUUAAGGUUAAUCAACGGAGCAGAGUGUCAGAAACGAAUUCUGUUGAAGUCCCAGAAGAGAUCGAAAUGGAAGCUCAGAAACUCAUUUACCCCGAGAGUCCGUUUUACUCCAUUAACGAAGCCACAUCAUUAACUGACGGGACAGGAGUGAGUGUUGAAGGAACCGUUACAGAGAGGUUUGUUUCUGUUGUUUUGUUUGUUCAGGUCGAUGCCGUUCUGAUGCUUAAACAGACAAAGAGACAACACUUCCAACUAAAAGAUGAAACCGGUUCCAUCAGUGUCUGUAUGUGGCGAGACAAAACAGAACAAUGCAAAGGAUUAUCAGUUGGAGAUGUCGUUAAGGUCGCGAACGUCAAGACCAGCUACUACUUUAAAACCGUAUCUCUGAACUCAACUGGAUUCACCAGAAUUCACAAGGUUCAAAGUGUUGGCGUUCAGGAGAUGAAAAUUGAGAUCAUAGGAAUCAUAAAAGCUGUAAAGAAGGAGACUCACCUGGAAGCAGAAGUAGAGUUCAACAAGGAGGUGCACACGUUUGUUGUGGCGUCUAAACUUCUGGCGAAGGCGUUCAACCUCAAACUGGAGAAAGAUUUUAAGCAAAGUCUCCUCGAUAAAAUUCCUUUCUCAGCAAAUGCAGAAAUACACGGAAGUAGAAUUAAAAAGAUUACAGCCAAAAUUAAUCUUAAUAAGGAUGCCAAUAUUUGAGUUUCAGGUGAACCUGGUAACAUAAUUGUUUAUAAAACAUUUACCAAACAUCACUUUCUGAUUUGUGCUCAUGAUGUUCGUCCAAACGCUGUCUUUAUCUUUUUGUCUCUGAGCUCAUCUGGUUAAAGGUUCAUAUGUGAGAAUAAUAAUCAGAUUAUUGAUUGAUCAGCAGAGAGUGAACGGGUUGUAGCGUAGCUUUGUUCCAAAACACUAUCUGCUAGGAUUUGUCAGCUAACGUCUACAUCUCAUAUUUAGAUACUUGUUUCAGUUUGUGUGCAGGAAUGUUUGAUCAUUAUUAAUGUUGCAAAGAAACUUUUAUAGAUUUAAUUUGUAGGUGUAACAUUUUAUCUGUAGCUGCUUAGUUUGUUAUUAAUCCUACUUAAAGUGUAACGGUUAACAUUGUGUAAUUUGUAUUUCAUUAAAAAUGAUGAUUGAGACACAUUUUA